UUGUCUUUCACAGUGAUGCGGUUAACAAAACCCACUCUCUUCACUAACAUGCCAGUGACAUGUGAAAAUCGAGACCUCCCAGGUAAGCCUCUUGAUUUAUUUUACCGCCAACAUGUAGUAGAGUUGUAGAAUCUUUAUUAGGCCUAUCCAGUUUGCUUUGCAGCUGUAAUUCAAAAUAAAUGACAUAGGCAUAUCAAUAUAGAACAGAGAAAAGCUCAAAUGUCUUUAGUCAAUAAGUAUUCAACCCCUUUGUUAUGGCAAGCCUAAAUCAUAUCAGGAGUAAAGAAUUUGCUUAACAAGUCACAUAAAAAGUUGCAUGGACUUUGAAUGACUACCCAAUCUCUGUACCCCACACAUACAAUUAUCUGUAAGGUCCCUCAGUCGAGUAGUGAAUUUCAAGCACAGAUUCAACCACAAAGACCAGGAAGGUUGUCCAAUGCCUCGCAAAGAAGGGCACCUAUUGGUAGAUAAAAUACAAAUACUAUAUCCCUUUAAGAAUGGUGGAGUUAUUAAUUAAGCUUUGGAUGGUGUAUCAAUACACCCAGUCACUACAAAGAUACCGGCAUCCUUCAUAACUUGCCGGAGAGAAAGAAAACCGCUUAGGGAUUUCACCAUGAGGCCAAAUAAAACAGUUACAGAGUUAAAUGGCUGUGAUAGGAAAGAACUGAGGAUGGACAACAACAUUCUAGUUACUCCACAAUACCCACCUAGCACAUUUGGUUCCUUGGAAGUUGUGGGAACGUACGUUUUUGGUUUCGCAUUGGUUCUGGGAACGAAGCCAUAAGUUUCCUGACCAGUAAAAAGUUAAACUUCGCCUCUUCUGGGAUGUUAAUUUUUGGUUGCAGGGAGGUUCUGAGAACGUUUUACUAUGGUUCCCGGAAGGUUUCCUGGGAGGUUUUAUUAACGUUCUGAGAAAGGAAAUUAUAGGUUAUUUGAAGGUAAUUAAAUAACGUUCUGAGGACACGUUUCAAUAAGACUUUUAAUAGCACUGCUAGCUUAGGUUAACUGUUUUGAACUCCAAGCACAGAUAUGACACAUGAAAAUUAAUUUGCCUAAGCAUUAAUCAUGCAAACACAUUUCUUUUUUAAUGUGGCACGGCGUCAAGUAAGAUUCGAACCUAUGAUCUUCUGUUCUCUAGCCUUGGAAUUAGUCCACUGCGCCACCAGGAUGGAGCUAGUAUGUAUUUUUUUAUUUUGUUUUACUCAUACGAAGCUGUUCAGUUUAGUCUAUUCAAACAGACCCCAUUUCAAAGGAAACAAGCACUCAUUAAGAUCAGGUGUGGCCAAAUAGUGGUGUGGCCAACACAGCUGAACACACUUAACAAUAUAGAGGAUAGAAAAAGUUUUGUUGAUGCUGAAAACGGAAUGAAUAUGUUUUUAAAUAAAAUUCUUAGAAUGUUCUUUGAACAUUACUAAUGUUUUGUUGUGGUUUUUAUGGAAAAAAAAUGGUAAUGUCCUGAGAACGUGACUUUAAAUAGAACCGUGAGGAAACUUGCAGAAAAAGUUAUGCUGAAGUACUGAAAUUCCCACAGAAGAACUCUCGGAGAACGUGACUUUAAAUAGAACCAUGAGGAAACCUGAAGAAAACCUUAUGCUGAUGUACUGAAAUUCCCACAGAAGAACGUUGUAUCUUAACGUUCUUGGAACACUUUGAGAACAUUACUUUAAACGGAACCAUGAUCAAACCUGUAGAAAACGUUAUGCUGAAGUACUGAAAUUUCCACUAUUUGAGAACAUUCCCAAUGUCAAACCAGUUGUAGAACGUUCCUAGAACAUUACCAAAAUUGAAAUGAGAUGUAACCAUGUUUGAACUUUUAGGAAACGUUCUGUUAAAGUAAUGAAAUACCAAGAAAAUAAUGGUUUAUUUGUCAAGUGCCUUAAAUGUGCUGAGAAUGUUUGAAAGCCAAACAGCUAUCCUGCACCAUUCCCAGAAACUUGUGGGAAGGCUGUAUGCUAAAUAACCAUAGGACAACCACACUCUCACCAAGCCCUAAGAAACAUAUGGUUCUCAGAACAUUAUGUGCUAGCUGGGUACUAACGUAAAUUACAGAGUGAAAAGAAGGAGGCCUGUACAGAAUAAAAAUAUUCCAACGCAUGCAUCCUGUUUGCAAUAAUAAAUAAUAAUAACUAAAGUAAUACUGCAAAAAAUGUUGCAAAGAAAUGAACUGUUUGGCCUGAAUAUGUUUGGGGCAAAUCCAACACAUCACUGAGUACCACUCUUCAUAUUUUCAAGCAUGGUGUUGGCUGCGUCAUGUUAUGGGUAUACUUGUCAUCAGCAAGGAGUAGGGAGUUUUUUGCGAUAAAAAGAAACUGAAUAGAGCUAAGCACAGGCAAAAUCCUAGAGAAAAACCUGGUUAAGUCUGCUUUCCAACAGUCCCUGGGAGACAAAUUCACCUUUCAGCAGAACAGUAACUUAAAACACAAGGCCAAAUAUACACUGGAGUUGCUUACCAAGACGACAUUAAAUGUUCCUGAAUGUCCUAGUUACAGCUUUGACAUAAAGGUAGACUCAGCUAAUGGACGUUGCCACGAGCAGCACCACAGAUAUUGCGAUGAGUGUGAUGCAAGGUAUACAGAAGAUAGCCCUAUUUGGUAAAAGACCAAGUCCAUAUUAUGGCAAGAACAGCUCAAAUAAGCAAAGAGAAAUGACAGUCCAUCAUUACUUGAAGACAUGAAGAUCAGUCAAUAUGGAACAUGUCAAGAACUUUGAACGUUCUUAAAGUGCAGGUGCAAAAACCAUCAAGCGCUAUGAUGAAACUGGCUCUCAUGAGUACCGCCACAGGAAUGGAAGACCCAGAGUUACCUCUGCUGCAGAGGAUAAGUUCAUUAGAGUUACCAGCCUCAGAAAUUGCAGCCCAAAUAAAUGCUUCACAGAUUUCAAGUAACAGACACAUCUCAACAUCAACUGUUCAGAGGAGACUGUGUGAAUCAGGUGUUCAUGGUCGAAUUGCUGAAAAGAAACCACUACUAAAGGACACCAAUAAAAGAAGAGACUUGUUUUGGCCAAUGUUUAGACCAGUGUAAAUAUGUCCUUUGGUCUUGAGUCAAAUUGGAGAUUUUUGUUGCCAACCGCCGUGUCUUUGUGAGAAGCUGUGUGGGUGAACGGAUGACCUCCGCAUGUGUAUUUCCCACCGUAAAGCAUGGAGGAGGAGGUGUUAUGGUGUAGGGGUGCUUUCCUGGUAACACUGUCUGAUAUUUAUUUAGAAUUCAAGGCACACUUAACCAGCAUGGAUACCACAGCAUUCUGCAGUGAUACGCCAUCCCAUCUGGUUUGGGCUUAGUGGGACUUUCAUUUGUUUUUCAACAGGAGUUCAAAGUUCAAACCUCCAGGCUGUGUAAGGGCUAUUUGACCAAGAAGGAGAGUGAUGGAGUGUUGCAUCAGAUGACCUGGCCUCCACAAUCCCCUGACCUCAACCCAAUUGAGAUGGUUUGGGAUGAGUCAGACCGCAGAGUGAAGGAAAAGUGCCAACAAAAGCUCAGCAUAUGUGGGAACUCCUUCAAGACUGUUGGAAAAGCAUUCCAGGUGAAGCUGGUUGAGAGAAUGCCAAGAGUGUGCAAAGCUGUCAUCAAGGCAAAGGGUGGCUAUUUGAAGAAUCUCAAAUAUAAAAUAUAUUUUGAUUUGUUUAACACUUUUUUUGGUUACUAUAUGAUUCCAUAUGUGUUGUUUCAUAGUUUUGAUGUCUUCACUAUUAUUCUACAAUGUAAGAAAUAUUAAAAAUAAAGAAAAACCCUUGAAUGAGAAGGUGUGUCCAAACUUUUGACUGGUAUUGUAUGUAUGUUAACCCUUUACACUUGUGGGAAUUGGCCGAUGGAUAGGACUCAAUUGAAAUGUUUCUUACAGAAUAAAUAUGAAACGCAUAUGCAUUACCAUGGUAGCAAUUGAAAGGGAACAGUUUGGAGAUAAUGCAAAAAAUAUUAGACCAAAGCUGAGGACACAACCGUUCACCUGACACAAGACUGAAUCCAAACGUUACACUGAUGAUUUCAUGUGCAUUUUAUAUUUACUGUACUUUUCACUGCAUUUGUUGAUAAUGACAUCUGAAAAUACUCUGGAUCCAUUCAGUAACAUGAUACGAAUAUUCCUGGAAAAUGUGUUGUAGGUGCAACAUAAGACAAACAAAUGACAAGGGUUUGAGUGAGAGGACUAACUGGUGUCUCCAAGUGGCCACACCUCUCCAAAGUGUGCACAUUUCUUAAAUAAUUUCAAUGCACUUUUGACUCAACUAUAAGGGGCUUUUUUGAGCUCUCCUAGCUGUGCUGUUGAGGAACAACAGCAAGCACACUUGUAGUUGUUUUGAACACAACCCUGCAUCCCCACCAUCACACAAUUACUGUUGUUUACGCAAUCCAAAAACGGUCCAUUAUAAAUCGCAAUCUAGGUCAGGUGGGCAUCAUUUGAAAGCUUGUACUAUUGCCAACAUGACUAGCUAAGUUAUAGAAAAUGGUAUUAGAGUGUUAGGUUUUCACACGGCAAUUCAGGUAAACAGAUCGUCAUUUUGGUGCGCAUAAGGUGCACGUGCUGCAGCUAAUUUUCUUCAAAGUAGACAAACAGGCUCAUUCUGUUCAGAACAACCCAGGGUAUGAUGCCAUGUCAUCUUGUAACUGUACUUCAAAUAGUAAUCAUAUACAUUGGCACUGUAUAUGAUAUGAGUUUUAUGAUAUGGACAUUUGAAGUGCACAUUUGGAGUCAAGGUUGUUUGGCUUGCUUGUAUGACAAUAGCGGGAGGGAUGGGGGCAUGUUCUUGUCGCGCGCGGUGUUCAAAUUCAAACCCAUACAGCAUGAAGUCUGACGUCAUGUAUAGCAUGUUACAGUACAGCCACUGUGUUCCAAUGUAGGCAUUUAUCAGUGCCCAAAUCGGGCAUUUUCAACCCGUAAACGGGUACGAGUGUAAAGGACUACCAAGUGAACGUGUAAAUCAACUAGCUUUCCUUUACUAGGGUUAAGCCUCUAGUUAAAAUUCCAGGCAGGACGACAGUCAAAUGAAUUGAGCCAAUACGUUCAUUAACCUCUAAAAUUCUGUGAAUUCGGUAAUCAAUAAUACAGCCAGCCAGUCAGCCAGCCAGCCACAUCUAGCUGCCUCCCCCAAUGAAUCUCUACGGGAUCCAAAGACUGUGUAUAUGAACGGCUCCCAAAUUCAGUCGGGCAGGCCUGAAGAUAAUUUACAGUGUUUGUUUUUUGUUUUGGAGGCCUGCUGGGCCAGCACUGGGCUGGUAACCCAAUGCCACGGAACCCAUAAAUCACAGUGACACUUCUGGGUAGGGACGCUAUUAUACAAGGGGGGAGAAAUGAAAUGAAUGCAUGGCCGUAAAUCAAGAUGAACGACUAGAACACUAUAUUGGAGACAGAAAAUAAAUUGUUGAAGUUUUUAUGCCACCCAGCUCUCGAAACUUCCACACUGCUCAUCUGAAAGCAGCCUUUCACUCAGAGAUUUAAAAUAUUGACCUUGAUCAUCAAUAUUUAAUUUACAAAACUAACAUGAUGGGAAAUUUGAUGAGGCUGACUAUUAGACCUUGUAGUGACAGUUUUCCAUAUAGCCCUAAAACAGAAAGAAUAUCUGUUGAAAAAAAGGAUGCAGUCCAACAUUUCUAGCAUUGUGUCAAGUUCUUUAUGAUCAUCGACAACACUUAGCUGUAUAUAUAUGAGUAAUUUGUGUGUGUGACUGUGACUAACCGUGUUUGUCUGUGUGUGUACGUGCGUUCGUGUGCAUGCGUGUGUGUGCAUGCAUUCUACAGGAGAUUUGUUUGGGCGGCUCAUGAAGGAGGACCCAUCCACUAUUAAAGGAGCAGAGGCCUUAAUGCUGGGAGAGAUGCUCACACUACCUCAGAACUUUGGGUAAUAAACACUACAGCAACAACCAUUUGAACCCUUUGACGGAUAGAACAGGAUGAAACAUUUAACAUUACAUUACAAAACAUUAAGAACACCUUCCUAAUAUUGCCCUCAGAACAGCAAUUCGUCGGGGGAAUGGACUCUACAAUGUGUCGAAAGCAUUCCACAGAGAUGCUGGCCCAUGUUGACUCCAAUGCUUCCCACAGUUGUGUCAAAUUGGCUGGAUGUCCUUUGGGUGGUGGACUAUUCUUGACACACACGGGAAACUGUUGAGCAUGAAAAACCCAGCAGCGUUGCAGUUCUUGACACAAACCGGUGCGCCUGGCACCUACUAUCAUACCCCGUUCAAAGGCACUUAAAUAUUUUGUCUUGCGCAUUCACUCUCUGAAUGGCACACAUACACAAUCCAUGUCUCAAUUGUCUCAAGGCUUAAAAAUCAUUCUUUAACCUGUCUCCUCCCCUUCAUCUACACUCAUUGAAGUGGAUUUAACCCUUGGCCUACAAUGGUCGAGCCCCCAUCAAAAUCUGUCUGUUUAAGCUAGAGAUGCAUGGGCUGCGUCUCAAUCCACCACAUCUGCCGAUAUCGCCCUUCUGCAUCUGUGGUGAAAGGUAGCAGCGAUAGAGCGGUGUUUGUCAGACCAUGAGACAUCCUGAAAAUCGGUCUUCUCACGAAAACGUCUGUAGCGUCCGAACGGUUUGGCCUACAAAUUAUACAAACCAAUCGAUUGAAAGCUGAGACUCUCAUGAACACAAUGGUGUUCUCCGUUUAUCUGUAAGAAAAAUAUGGAAGUACACAGUGCAUUCAGAAAGUAUUCAGACCCCUUGACUUAUUCCACAUUUUUUUACGUUACAGCCUUAUUUCUAAAUGGAUAAAACAUAAAAAAAAAAAAAAAAAUCCACACACAAUACCCCAUAAUGACAAAGCAAAAACAGGUUUGUAGAAAUGUUUGAUUAUUUAUUUUUAAAAAGAACAAUGAAAUAUCACAUUUACAUAAGUAUUCAGACCCUUUACUCAGUACUUUGUUGAAGCACCUUUGGCAGCGAUUACAGCCUUGAGACUUCUUGGGUAUGACGCUACAAGCUUGGAACACUUGUAUUUGGGGAGUUUUUCCCAUUCUUCUCUGCAGAUCCUCUCAAGCUGUGUCAGGUUGGAUGGGGAGCGUCGAUGCACAGCUAUUUUCAGGUCUCUCCAGAGAUGUUUGAUCGGGUUCAAGUCCCGGCUCUGGCUGGGCCACUCAAGAACAUUCAGAGACUUGUCCCGAAGCCACUCCUGCGUUGUCUUGGCUGUGUGCUUAGGGUCGUUGUCCUGUUGGAAGGUGAACCUUCGCCCCAGUCUGAGGUCCUGAGCACUCUGGAGCAGGUUUUCAUCAAGGAUUUCUCUGUGCUUUGCUCAGUUCAUCUUUCCCUCGAUCCUCACUAGUCUCCCAGUCCCUGCCACUGAAAAACAUCCCCACAGCAUGAUGCUGCUUCACCAUGCUUCACCGUAGGGAUGGUGCCAGGUUUCCUUCAGACGUGAUGCUUGGCAUUCAGGCCAAAGAGUUCAAUCUUGGUUUCAUCAGACCAGAGAAUCUUGUUUCUCAUGGUCUGAGAGUCCUUUAGGUGCCUUUUGGCAAACUCCAAGCGGGCUGUCAUGUGGCUUACAUCUGACCACUCCACCAUAACGGCCUGAUUGGUGGAGUGCUGCAGAGAUGGUUGUCCACCUGGAAGGUUCUCACAUCUCCACAGAGGAACUCUGGAGCUCUGUCAGAGUGACCAUCGGGUUCUUGGUCACCUCCCUGACCAAGGCCAUUCUCCCCCGAUUGCUCAGUUUGGCAGGGCAGCCAGCUCUAGGAAGAGUCUUGGUGGUUCCAAACUUCUUCCGUUUGUGAAUGAUGGAGGCCACUGUGUUCUUGGGGACCUUCAAUGCUGCAAUUAAGUUGUAGAAACAUCUCAAGGAUGAUCAAUGGAAACAGGAUGCACCUGAGCUCAAUUUCGAGUCUCAUAGCAAAGGGUCUGAAUACUUAUGUAAAUAUUUGUUUUCGCUUGGUCAUUAUGGGGUAUUGUGUGUAGAUUGAUGAAGAAACAAAUGUAUUUCAUCCAUUUUAGAGUAAGGCUGUAACGUAAUAAAAUAUGGAAAAAGUCAAGGGGUCUGAAUACUUUCCGAAUGUACUGUAUAUGGAGAUACUUUUUGUUUAUAUAUAUAUAUGUGGACACCCCCUCAAAUUAGUGGACUCGGCUAUUUCAGCCACACCCGUUGCUGACAGGUGUAUAAAAUCGAGCACACCGCCAUGCAAUCUCCAUAGACAAACAUUGGCAGUAGAAUGGCCUUACUGAAGAGCUCAGUGACUUUCAACGUGGCACCGUCAUAGGAUGCCACCUUUCCAACAAGUCAGUUCGUCAAAUUUCUGCCCUGCUAGAGCUGCCCCGGUCAACCGUAAGUGCUAUUAUUGUGAAGUGGAAACGUCUAGGAGCAACAACAGCUCAGCCGCGAAGUGGUAGGCCACACAAGCUCACAGAACGGGAUCACCGAGUGCUGAAGCGCGUAGCGUGUAAAAAUCGUCUGUCCUCGGUUGUAACACUCACUACCGAGUUCCAAACUGCCUCUGGAAGCAACGUCAGCACAAGAACUGUUCGUCGGGAGCUUCAUGAAACGGGUUUCCUUGGCCGAGCAGCCGCACACAAGCCUAAGGUCACCAUGCGCAAUUCUAAGCGUCGGCUGGAGUGGUGUAAAGCUCGCUGCAAUUGGACUCUGGAGACGCGUUCUCUAGAGCGGCGAAUCACACUUCAACAUCUGGCAUUCCGACAGAUGAAUCUGGGUUUGGCGGAUGCCAGGAGAAUGCUACCUUCCCCAAUGCAUAGUCAAACUGUAAAGUUUGGUGGAAGAGGAAUAAUGGUCUGGGGCUGUUUUUCAUGGUUCGAUCUAGGCCCCUUAGUUCCAGUGAAGGGACAUUUUAAUGCUACAGCAUACAAUGACAUUCUACAUUUUACAUUUACAUUUUAGUUAUUUAGCAGACGCUCUUUUCCAGAGCGACUUACAGUUACAGUGAGUGCAUACAUUAUUUAAUUUUUUCAUACUGGCCCCCCGUGGGAAACGAACCCACAACCCUGGCGUUUGCAAACGCCAUGCUCUACCAACUGAGCUACAUCCCUGCCGGCCAUUCCCUCCCCUACCCUGGACGACGCUGGGCCAAUUGUGCGCCGCCCCAUGGGUCUCCCGGUCGCGGCCGGCUACGACAGAGCCUGGAUUCGAACCAGGAUCUCUAGUGGCACAGCUAGCACUGCGAUGCAGUGCCUUAGACCACUGCGCCACUCGGGACUCUGUGCUUCCAACUUUGUGGCAACAGUUUGGGGAAGGCCCUUUCCUGUUUCAGCAUGACAAUGCCCCCAUGCACAAAGUGAGGUCCAUACAGAAAUUGUUUGUCGAGAUCGGUGUGUUAGAACUUGACUGGCCUGUACAGAGCCCUGACCUCAACCCCAUCGAACACCUUUGGGAUGAAUUGGAACGCCGACUGUGAGCCAGGCCUAAUCGCCCAACAUCAGUGCCAGACCUCACUAACGCUCUUGUGGCUGAAUGGAAGCAAGUCCCCGCAGCAAUGUUCCAUCCUCAAGUGGAAAGCCUUCCCAGAAGAGUGGAGGCUGUUAUAGCAGUAAAGGGUGGACCAACCCCAUAUUAAUGCCCAUGAUUUUGGAAUGAGACGUUCGAUGAGCAGGUGUCCACAUACUUUUGGUCAUGUAGUGUAGUUUAGAGCCUAAAAUAAGGAGAUAAAUACAUGUAAAAAAUAAUAAUAUUAUUUCUUAUCUCAGAUAUAGCACAGACACUUCAGAACAAACUUCCUUUCGAUUUUUUUGGGGACUAUCUAUUGUUUCAUGUAGUGAAUCUGUUAUUCAAUGCGUUUCUAUUGGCUAAAACAGUAAUGCCAAAUUCAAUGUUUCAUCCAAUAUAUAUAUUGUCUUCAUACCUUAAGGGGUCUAACAAAUUCUAAAUCAAAUAGCUAGAGGAUCCUUGGUAUGAUCAUCUUAAAACAAUUCAUAUCUUAGCUUAGAACCCUCCCCCCGGCUUAGACAGGGCUUAGACUCUAGAGGGUUAAUAGUGAGACAUCAAUAAGGGAUCAUAGCUUUCCCCUGGAUUCACCUGGUCAGUCUGUCAUGGAAAGAGUAGGGGUUCUUAAUGUUUUAUACACUCAGUUUAUGUCUUUCAUUCCCCCUGGCCGAUCAUUUCUGUCAGUUUGUCUUGAUCUGUUUCAUUAUAGAAUCAUCACAUUUCUUGCAAGGCAAAACUUUUCACAGGAAUACUUGUUAACUUUUAUUUUUACCAUACAUUAAUCCUUUUCACUGAAAAGCAAAGUCUCAUUUCUGGUCUUCAGUUAGUCUAUUGUCUUUGUGUGUGACACUUGCGUAACAACUUCCCUCUGCACAGAAAUAUUUUCCUUGGCGAGACCUUCUCGAGUUACAUUAGUGUGCAUAAUGACAGCAACCAGGUGGUCAAGGACAUACUAGUAAAGGUACAAUACAGAUUUACAUAAAUCCAAUGGAAACAUGUUUAAACUAUCUCUGAUGAAUCCACUUGUUCUAUUCACACUCCUUUAAGUGAAAUCCCCCUUUUUGUCAUGUCUUACAGGCAGACCUGCAGACCAGCUCUCAGAGGCUAAACCUAUCAGCGUCCAACAACGCAGUCACAGAGCUGAAGCCUGAGUCCUGCAUUGAUGAUGUCAUCCACCAUGAAGUCAAAGAGAUUGGAACUCACAUGUACGUUUUCUUUUCUGACAUGGAGUAAAUCUGGAAUGACACCCUAUUCCCCAUAUAGUACCCAACUUUUGAUCAAUGCUCUAUGUAAUUCUGGGAAAAGGGUGUCACUCGAGCCACAGCUAUGGGGAAGAUGUACAUCAACACAUCUGCAAAGAUGCAUAGGAGUUCAUUUGAAUGCUAAUAUUUGAAGAAUUUGUGUCUCUACUCCAGCUUGGUUUGUGCAGUCAGUUAUACCACACAGGCGGGAGAGAAGCUGUACUUCAGGAAGUUCUUCAAAUUUCAGGUAAGUUUCAAAGCAUCCUUUAUUUGAACUCUCCCAUUCCCCCUCACUGAGUUAUAUUGAAAGCGCGGACCUCAACCCUGAACAAUGUCACUGGUCCACGUCUGCUAAAUAACUAAAAUGUCAAUAUAAAAAGGCAAUUAGCAAUAGCACACAAGCUUUGGCUUUCGACUACCAAACAAUCUCACUACCUACUAUCCUCAGUCUCAGAAAGGAUCUACUCUGAGUCACACAAAUAAACUAAAUCCAACUUCUCCUCCAGUAAUACUUUUUGUAUAAGAUAUACUGACUGUUUUAAAUCAAAUUUCUUGGCUCAUGGAUUUAAGUAUUUUCUGUCACCAGAGAUAAAUGGCUAUAUUUUCUAAUGUUGUUGAGGAAGAUUUUUCGUAGCUGUUGAAUGGAGGAAUCGUUUGAGAAAUCAUUUGAGAAAUCAUUUGAGACGUCUGCAUUAUUUAGCUUGCAAUGUAUUCUCAAUCAGGUUCUGAAGCCGCUCGACGUCAAAACCAAGUUCUACAAUGCAGAGGUAUGUUUGUUUCUCUCUUUCUCCCUGCUGCACUUACCUCACUGUUUUAUUACCUGUACCAAAACAAUGACAAAUACAGUUGUCUUACCAGCUUAUUCAACUUUCUACCUUCCACCUUUGUCAACAUACUUUAGCUAUCUUCACUCACAUAGUCCCAUAUUUUCUCCAGAAAUGUCCACUAUCAAUUCAGCAAUUGGUUUUUAACUUGACAUAAAAAACAUAGUUUGCUGUAUGUCAUGUUUCAUUCCAUGGUCAGGCAUUUUCCAUUGGUGCCGCAUAUAGUAAAAUGUGCUUAUUUUCUCUCAUAGUACUGUUUAAUUUGCUAGAAUAUCAGAUGUAUUGUCACUUUCAUUUGGCAUGUAACCUUCAUUUGUUUAUUGUCUCUUGUGUUUUUAUUUCCUCCAUUAGAGUGACCUCAGUUCCGUGGUAAUAGUUUUUUCAGUUUUCAUUGCUCUUAACUCUCGCUUUCUUAAUACUUUUUGUUGCAGCAAUGUCUGUCUGUCUUUUUCUGGAGCCAAUGAGCAAGAGCAAAGUCAAAAUAAUGAAAAAGCACGCAUGGACGUUAACACGCUAGCUUUCAAUGUGUUGAGGAAAUAUUUCUGAAAACUCCAUAACGAUAUUGUGGGGAAUAAAAGUCUAUAGGAAAAUUAUGUGGCACAUUAGCCUGGCUGAUGCGACUCACGUGGUACACAGCGAGGGAGAGCUGUAACACACUGCUCAGGACAGGAGCCCAUUGAUGGUACAAUUUGCACAGAAAUUGGCUUGAGCUUUGAUUGGUUUUCUCAAACGUUUUUGUUUUUCCUGGCGGGUUGAGACCUGUCGUUGUUUGGAUUUGAAAAUCCAACAGUUGUAUUGGAAGGGGGCAGUGAUCGGGGGCUGUGUGUGGCUGUCCAUGUGGGUGUUUGAGUGAGAAAGACACAGAGGAGAACCAAUCAGUUAAAAAGCACAGCCCCCUUCAAUAUCAACACAUCGUGCCGACAACAUCAAAAGAGCCUUUCCAGACUGUGAAGUCAGGAAGACUUCAAGUUUGGUGUCAGCCAGACUAGUGAGAUAUUACUUUUUGCAAGGAAAUCAGGUAUCAUGCUGCUUUAAUAAAGGUCCAUGAAAUGCUUUUUCCACUGUUUUGCCAUUGCUCUGACUUUUCCUCUUCAAGGCGUUUGCCCUCUCGCUAACUCAUCUGUCACAGGACUUUCGCAGCCCAAGACAAAAUUGGUCUAGGGCUGCGAAAUGGUGCCCUAUUCCCUAUAUAGUGCACUACUUAGGGCUCUGGUCAAAAGUAGUGUACUAUAGUGAAUAAGGUGCCAUUUCAGACAAAGGUCUGUAUGAUUGUAGUGGGGUUUCCAUUUCUACAGUUCUUUUGAAUGAUUGGAUUCAGAAUGUAGAUUUGAAUGAUAUUUUUCAAUCGAAAUCCAGUACCAAUCUCUGAUGCUUUACAUUUUAAUGAUGUUUGUAGAGUUGGUGAUUAUGAAUCUGAUUGUGAAUGUAUAUGUUUACUUCACUCUUUAACUGAAAUAAACUCUUUCAAGAGUCCAAAUAGAUCAAAUAAAGUGAAACAUUCUUCACAUAAGGCUCUGGCCAAAAAUAGCUGCACCACAUGGGGAAUAGGGUGCUAUUUGAGAUGUGUCCGAUCUGAGGCGUUGGGUUGGAUGAUUGGUCAGGCUCGGCAUGGGAGAUGUAAAAUAGAGGUGCUCUGCUCUGUAACAAUAACCCCAGUCUGUCUGUCUAGCUGUCUGGCAGAAUGUUUCUGUCUGUGGUCCCUACUUAAUCACUAGCCUUUGAAUUGCAGGCAUGAACUAAUCUCAGAGCGCUCCUCUGUUCAGUUCAGUACUAAUCCACUCCUCAAAGGUAAACUGAGCAGACUUUGGUACUCCAUUUGGGCCCCACUGGUUGGUUUUUCAUAGGACUGACAAAGACAUGAAAACCCUGUCUUACUGGAGUUCUAAUUUAUAUUUUUGCAUUUACAUUUUAGUAAUUUAGCAGACGCUCUUAUCCAGAGCGACUUACAGUUAGUGAGUGCAUAAAUUUUUAUUUUUUUCAUACUGGUCCCCCGUGUAACAUUUCUGACACAUUCAUACAGUACAUGCCUAGGUUAUACAGGUAAUUUGUGGUGUUUUCUAGAUUCUACCUGUAUAAAUUACAUGUUUUCAGAAAAAUGUGACACACACUAGGCCUAAAUGAAAUCUACAAUAUCCCCUUUAGUGGCCAAUAUAAGUACAUUGAAAGGGAAUUUAAGUCGAAGCGCUGCCCAGUUAGGUCCUUUGAGCUAUUCCUCUAGUUAGCAUUAGCGUCUAACGUUAGCGCUGACCCCUGACCCCAGACAGACGAGGUGUUCCUGGAGGCCCAGAUCCAGAACAUCACCACAUUGCCCAUGUUCAUGGAGAAAGUGUCCCUGGAGCCCUCCAUGAUGUACAACGUCACUGAGCUCAACACCGUGGAGACUGGGGACGUAGGGUAAGGGAGACACACACAUCUCACACAAACGUAUUUUAGUUAUGUUUGGAUUGUUCAGUAAAAAGGCAGUAAAAUAAGAAAGAUAUACAUGUGAAGAAGAAAAAGGAAACCAACAAGAGUUUCGAGUGUCGAUACUUAUAGUGUUAUUUUACUGCUUUUUUGUUAAAACAUUUAGACUGUGAAAGCUGUAUGACUAUUCUGAUUGGAAACUAUGCUGCUUACAAAAUACAGCAUUCACUCUGCCAGGUUUUAUCAGUGUAGCUGAAGACGCCCCCACUAUAUGUCAAAGGUAAUAGGUUUUCAGUGUCAGCUCAGACUUCUCCACCCUGACUGUGUUCCAGAACGUCUACGUUUGGAAAGAUGUCUUACCUGCAGCCCAUGGACACGCGCCAGUACCUCUACUGUCUGAAGCCCAAGCCAGAGUUCGCAGAGAAGGCAGGCGUCAUCAAGGGCGUGACGGUGAUCGGCAAACUGGACAUUGUGUGGAAGACCAACUUAGGAGAAAGAGGAAGGCUGCAGACAAGCCAGCUACAGAGAAUGGUACCACUACAUUAUCAGUUACAGUAUAUGGUUCAUAGUCACAGUAUACAGUAUGGUUGUUGCAUAACAGGACAUUCUCAGUCUCAAUGCUGUGGUUGUCUUUGUGGUCAUUUGUUGAGUGGUGAUGAUGAUGUUGAGUGGUGGUGAUGUUGAGUGGUGGUGAUGAUGUUGAGUGGUGAUGUUGAUGUUGAGUGGUGGUGAUGAUGUUGAGUGGUGAUGUUGAUGUUGAGUGGUGGUGAUGAUGUUGAGUGGUGAUGUUGAUGUUGAGUGGUGGUGUUGAUGUAGUCAUUGUUCUUGUUUUUGUCAGAGUCAUACCUGGGCUGUUGCCAAAUGUGACUCAUUGGAGAAUUACAAUGAAAAUAGCAUAGCUCAAGAUGAUGAUUGUAUUCGCAAUAUAUUCUCAAUUGGGUAAUGCAGUCAUUCGUUUCCAAAUUGGCCUACACCAAAAUGUGAUGUCACAAAGCCUGUUGCCCAGGGGUACCAACCAAACGACCACCCAAAAACACACAGGUGAAUAUCCCGGCGAUAAAAGUACAUAAUGCUCAACUGAGCUAGCGACACCUCCACAUGGAAACAAUAACACACAAAGACAUGGGGAGCAGAGGGAAUACUUAUACAGAGACUGAUGAGGGGAUAUGAACCAGGUGUGUGUGAAAAACAAGACAAAACAAAUGUAAUUAUGAAAAAAGGAGCGGCAGUGGCUAGAAGGCCGGUGACGACGAACGCCGAAGCCUGCCAGAACAAGGAGAGGAGGAAGUUUCAGGGGAGGUUGUGACAGUACCCCCCCCCCCCCCUUGACGCGCAGCUCCAGCACACAGGCCUCGGGGACGGCCAGGAGGACGCGGAGCAGGGCGAUACGGAGGCGACGGUGGAAAUAUCGCAACAGGGAGGGAUCGAGGACAUCCUUCACCAGGAUCCAGCACCGCUCCUCCGGACCGUACCGCUCCCACUCCACGAGGUACUGAAGGCCCCCCACCCGAUGCCUCGAAUCCAGGAUGGAACGGACAGAGUACGCCGGGGCCCCCUCAAUGUCCAGAGGGGGCGGAGGGACCUCCCUCACCUGAGACUCCUGGAGCGGACCAGCCACCACCGGCCUGAGGAGAUGCACGUGAAACGAGGGGUUAAUACGGUAAUCAGUAGGGAGCAGCAACCUAUACGUAACCUCGUUCACUCUCCUCAGGACUUUGAACGGCCCCACAAACCGUGGGCUCAGCUUCCGGCAGGGCAGGCGGAGGGGCAGGUUCCGGGUCGAGAGCCAGACCCGAUCCAAAGACCGGGGCCUCACUGUGGUGGCUGUCAGCGUUGGCCUUCUGGUGCCGCACGCCGCGCUGGUGGUGGACGUGGGCGGCGUUCCACGUCUCCUCCGCGUGCCGAAACCAGUCUUCCACCGCAGGAGCUUCAGUCUGGCUCUGAUGCCACGGUGCCAGGACCGGCCCAAGGCGAGAACACCGACCACUCCCCCAGCCGGUCCUGGCAGUAGGACCACAGGAACCUAUCCACAUCCUGAUUCACCCAUUCCACCUGCCCAUUAGAUUCGGGGUGAAACCCAGAGGUAAGGCUGACUGAGACCCCCAGAUGUUCCAUGAACGCCUUCCAGACCCUAGACGUAAACUGGGGACCCCGGUCAGACACUAUGUCCUCUGGCACCCCGUAGUGCCGGAAGACAUGAGUAAACAGGGCUUCCGCAGUUUGCAGGGCCGUGGGGAGACCGGGCAGAGGAAGGAGGCGUCAGGCUUUAGAGAAGCGGUCCACAGCGACCAGGAUGGUGGUAUUACCCUGAGAGGAGGGUAGAUCAGUUAGGAAAUCGAUCGAUAAGUGGGACCAUGGCCGUUGUGGAACUGGUAAGGGAUGUAACUUACCCGCUGGAAGGUGCCUAGGUGCCUUACUCUGGGCGCACACCGAGCAGGAGGAGACAUACACCCUCACGUCCUUAGCCAAGGUAGGCCACCAGUACUUCCCGGUCAGGCAGCGCACCGUACGGCCGAUGCCUGGGUGACCAGAGGAGGGGGACGUGUGUGCCCAAUAGAUAAGACGAUCACAGACACUAGAUGGCACGUACCGAAGCCCAGCUGGGCACUGAGGUGGAGAUGGCUCUGUGCGUAACGCCCGCUCUAUGUCCGCGUCCACUGCCCACACCACCGGCGCCACAAUGCAGGAGGCCGGGAGUAUGGGGUGUUGUCAAUGGGCCUCUCCUCUGUGUCGUACUGCCGUGACAGUGCAUCUGCCUUCACGUUUUUAGUGCCUGGUAUAUAGGACAGCGUGAAAUCAAAAAGGGUGAAGAACAAGGCCCACCUGGCCUGGCGAGGGUUCAGCCUCCUUGCUGCCCGGAUGUACUCCAGGUUACGGUGGUCACACCAACAGAAACAGCUAGACACCUACCCUGACACUCUCGCGACCACCCCGUGAGAACCCUCUGCGGCCAUGAAAAGGUUGGGUCGUGUAGUGCUAGCCAGGGAAGGCCCAACACAACAGGGAAAUCAGGGGACUCAAGAAUAUGAAAGGUGAUUUGCUCCCUAUGGGUCUCCUGUGUAAUCAUAGUGACUGGUGCUGUAACCUCCCUAACAAAACCUGACCCUAAUGGUCGACUGUCAAGUGCUUUGAUGGGCAAUGGAAUGGAUAGGGGAACCAAUGUAAGACGUAAAAGCUAAAGACCUGUCCAUAAAGUUCCCAGCUGCUCCUGAAUCUACUAGUGCCUUACACUGGGGACCUACCGUGUAAUCAGGGAAGUGGACGUGGAUGGUUAACUGUGCAGCAGAGGGCACUGAACGAGUGUGGAUUUGCACUCCCUGGGGUGACACGAGAGCGCCCUGCCUGCCGCCUCCAGAACCAGAAGAACUCUGACGACAUCGUGUAGCAGAAUGUCCUCUUCUGCCACAAGAGUGACACUGGAUCUGUCGUCCUCCGUUCUUCUGGACCGCUGCACCACCCUGCUCCAUCGGAACGUGAGCUGUGGUGAGGGGGGGUGAAAUGGGCAGGCCCCUACCAGGACGUCCUCUCGAAGCCAGCAGGUUGUCCAACCGGAUGGCAAUGUCCACCAGUUGGUCGAAGGUCAGAGUGGUAUCCCGGCAGGCUAGCUCCCUUCGGACGUCCUCACGCAGGCUGCAUCGGAAUUGGUCGAUGAGGCACCGCUCGUUCCACCCGGACAGGUGAAUACCACUGGGUGCUGGUAUGUGGAUGGCUGGAUCCGGUCGCUCAGCUGGUUCCGCAGGGUCGGGUCCUCUACUCUCCAGGCGCUGGACGGCCUAGAGAACCCAAUCCAUCGCUUCGCCCAAGCUGGCUAAUAUAUUGGAAUGCUCCCGCAACCGCUUAACGACUCCAGGCAUAUUCCCCGCUCCUGCUGACUCCAUGCUGUUGGGUGUGUUAUUCUGUAGCGGGUGAUUCGGACGGAGUCAGGCGCAGGAGGUGUGAAUCACAGAAUACGGUUUAUUCGUCCAAUACAGCAGUUAGCAGCAAUGCGUAAACCAAAUACAGUGCACCUUCAAUGUGUACUGGGAAAACAAAAACACACGGGUGAAUAUCCCGGCAAUAAAAGUACAUAAUGCUCAACUGAGCUAGUGACACCUCCACAUGGAAACAAUAACACACAAAGACAUGGGGAGCAGAGGGAAUACUUAUACAGAGACUGAUGAGGGGAUAUGAACCAGGUGUGUUUGAAAAACAAGACAAAACAAAUGUAAUGAUGAAAAGAGGAGCGACAGUGGCUAGAAGGCCGGUGAAGACGAACGCCGAAGCCUGCCAGAACAAGGAGAGGAGGCAGCUUCGGAGGAAGUCGUGACAGUUAUUCUGUGCUAUUGCCUGGAUCGGAGAGUGUAAUUAUUAUUAUUGUGUGUUGACCAGUAUGAGUUGGUUUUCCUCUCGUCUCCUUAUUAAAAAGAAGAAUACUGCUAAUCUUGAUGCUUCCAAAAAAUGUAUGCAUCUUAUGUACCAACGUUUCGGUCUCAGUCGACCUUCAUCAAGGUAUUUUUUCCCCCUCGUCUCCGCCAGGCUCCAGGUUAUGGAGAUGUCAGGCUAUCACUGGAGAUGAUCCCAGACACCGUCAACCUAGAGGAACCCUUCGACAUAACCUGUAAAAUCACCAACUGCAGGUAUAGUCAUACAGACUCCUCAAAUAUUAUUGUACACCAGGGUUGGGGUAUAUACCAUUUCAAUUCAGUUGACUGAAUUGAAAUGGAAUUGACCUCAAUUCUGCUAUACACAUACUGAUCUUUAUAUGCUUUAGUCAACUCCCCUGUCUGUCAUUGUCAUGCCAUUUCAUUAAUGUACAAGAAGGAAUGACAACCGAUAGUCAGAUGGCUUGGUUAAAGAACAUACAGAUGUGUAACCAGGCUGUGUGUGUGUUGUUGCAGUGAGAGGACCAUGGACCUGGUGCUGGAGAUGUGUAACACCUGCUCCAUCCACUGGUGUGGUGUAUCAGGGAGACAGCUAGGCAAAGUCAGCCCCAGUGCCUCACUCGCUCUGCCCCUCAAACUCCUCUCCUCUGUCCAGGGACUGCAGGUAUUUCAAAAGUUAUUCAUGUUAUAAUACUUGGUAACACUUAGCUUAAAGCAGAGAGGUAUCAAGCUUUAAUACUUGUCAUAAGCAUGUAAUACAAGAUGUCUUUUAACAAGACUUAUAAUAUGUUAUGUCCCUCGAUGCAUAACAUUUAACUGUUUCAAACUGGCUGUGAUUUAGUGUGGAUCAUUGUGAGAUGAUUAAAAGAUAUAAGGCCAUACCAUUUUAAUUAAAUAUUUUACGAAUGCCCCUCUUCACUUUCCUCAAAAAUAAAAAUGGAAUCUGAAAAAUGAAAAAGUUACAAUAUUAUAACAAAGAUAAUAGCAAAAAUAAUGUCCUCAAGCCUCCAGUAAAGAGAUAUACACAACUUCCUCACGGAUUAUGGUUGAACUUCGCCUCUUUUAUCCUCCUCAAGAGGCUAAAAUCUAUUGAUUAGGUCGCUAGCUGUUGAACUAAGUUUGCUAUAGUAUUUUAGCAAGAAGGUCCACUUUUCAAUGUUUUAGUUGCUCGCUCACCUCAACAACAAAAAAUUAAUCCAUUAAACAUUCAAUUGGCCUAAAUGGGGUCAUACAUGCUCAUGAGAAGCCUUACAAUGCAUUGUAACUGCAUCACAAUGCAUUAUACCUGGAUGCUUUCAGUGUUACCCACUAAGCAUGUAUGACCCUUUAUGAUGUCUUAUUAUAGGCAAGGCUUAUUAUUAUGUUACGUCUCGCUUUGACUGUUAAUAGUUUAAAAUCUAUUGCCGAUAAUAACCAUAACUAAUUACCAUUUGCUUGUAUUUCAGAGUAUAUCUGGCCUGAGACUAACCGACACAUUUCUGAAGAGGACAUAUGAAUACGAUGACAUUGCACAGGUGUGUGUGGUCUGUCCAUACAUGAGCCGGGAGAGCUAAGACCCUUCCAGACGCUUCUAGAACCCAGCACUAUAAAUCUCACAUCUCCAUGGACCAACUUCCAAACUCUGCACCUAUACUAUCACCUUACUGUACACACCCCAAGGUUAUCACGUUUUAACAGAUCUUAUGUUUUUAAUGUUUUCUUUGCAAAAAAAUAUGGAUUUUAAAUGAAUGUGCAUUUAAAUGUGAAUAAAAGCAUGAACUUAAUCCAUGGUUUGUUGUGCUUCGCUAGAAAAACGUGUAUUAUUGUGCACUAUACACACAUCUGCCUCUGAAGCGAUUUCAUUAUAUGAUUUCACAACAAGACUUUCAACAACUAUCAAUUUCAAGACAUUUUUAUUGAGACAUAUUUUUUGACAAAACAUUAUGCUGCUCUGUUUUACAGGCAUAUUCAUUAGCUUGUCUGACAGAUAUGAAUGAGUCUUAUACUAGCUAUCAACAUUGCUUCAGCCAUGUCAAAUGAAACCGAAUCAAAAGGGAAAUGGCAUUGACGUGUGUGUUUGCUAUGGUUGUAAAUACAGGGGUGUUGGGCUGCAUACACUAUUCAUACUUUCAAGGACAUACAUUCCUUUAUCUUCAAAUUAGCAGUCAGAUAAUUGCUAUCCAAAGCAAUGCUAGAAUUCCACAUGAUCAAGGCUUAGGGGCUUUGUUUCACCCAACAAUAACUAUAGCAAAUCAUUUGGUACAAAAAUAACUGUUUGAACAUGAUAGAAUAGAAAAUAAUGUAACCCUUCUGUCGUGUGCAACUGUCAUGUAAUCAUGAGAAAAGGAUAUGUGCUCCCUGUUCAAAUACUUCACACAUGCAUCCUUUAUCCCUUUCACGCCUUCCUUAAUAUCCCCUUCCUCCCUUUCACUCCAUCCUUAAUUCCUUCCUCCCUUUCACUCCUUCCUUAACUCCUUCCUCCAUUUACCCCUUCCUUAAUUCCUUCCUCCCCUUCUCACCUGCAAUUCCUUCCUCCCUUUCCCUCAUCAAGGCAAUUACUACAAGCAAUAUUAAUAAGUCAAAUCCUGGGGCCAGUACUGACAGGUGCAAUGUUACAGAACGUUAACAUAGAACUGUAUUGUGUAGACCAGAUACAAUUGCCUGUCAUGUAGAAUAGGGAAUUGUAUCAGCUCUAUUAACUUAAUUUCUAUCAGGUUUCCCCUCACUGAAUAUACCCCUGCAUUCUCCUACGUACAAUUCUGUUGGAUCAGUGAAAUCUUUCAGAGGACCAAAGGAUCUGUAAUUCAGUAUAGGAACAGGGCAAUGGUUUGGACAUUGCUACCACAGCACAAUAUACAAACAAUAUUGAAAAACACAGAAAUCCAUUUGGAAUAAUCCUCGUUCUGAUAUUUCUAAAUUUCUUGAUUCUCUCUCUUUUUUUGUUUUAUUGUGUAUUAGUAUUGUACUGUUAGACAUUUACUGCACUGCUGGAGCUAGAAACCAAGCAUUUCGCUGCACCUGCUUUAACAUCUGCUAAUCUGUGGACACGACAAAUAAACUUUAUUUGAUUUGAAUGGAACAUCAUUGAGGAAAGAUAAAAUAAAACUAGUCUCCUGAUUGGGUCUCUAGAACUGUGCAUAAUGAUUGGUGGGAAUGUGUUUGAAACUAAUUGGGUAUCUAGAAUGUGUUUGAAACUCUGUUUCCUGAUUGAGUAUCAUCUAUACUGAACAAAAAUAUAAACGCAACAUGCAACAAUUUAAUUGAUUUUACUGAGUUACAGUUCAUAAGAGUAAAUCAGUCAAUUGAAAUAAAUUCAUUAAGCCCUAAUCUAUGGAUUUCACAUAACUGGGAAUACAGAUAUGCAUCUGUUCGUGACAGAUACCUUUAAAAAAAAAAAAAGGGCCUCACAAUGGGCCUCCGGGCCUCGUCAAGGUAUUUUUGUGCGUUCAAAUUGCCAUCGAUAAAAUGCAAUUGUGUUCAUUUUCCGUAGCUUAUGCCUGCCACCAUGGGGCACUCUGUUCACAAUGUUGAUAUCAGCAAACCGCUCGCCCACACGAUGCCAUACGCUUGGUCUGUGGUUGUGAGGCCGGUUGAACGUACUGCCAAAUUCUCUAAAACGACAUUGGAGGUGGCUUACGGUAGAGAAAUUAACAUCAACUUGUCUGGCAACAGCCAAUUGCAUGCUCCCUCAAAACUUGAGACAUCUGUGGUGGUGUGUGACAACUGCACGUUUUAGCGUGGCCUUUUAUUGUCCCCAGCACAAGGUGCACCUGUGUAAUAAUCAUGCGGUUUAAUCAGCUUCUUGAUAUGCCACACCUAUCAGGUGGAUGGAUUAUCUUGGCAAAGGAGAAAUGCUCACUAAUAGGGAAGUAAACAAAUUUGUGCACAGCAUUUGAGAGAAAUAAGCUUGUUGUGCGUAUGGAACAUUUCGGGGAUCUUUUAUUUCAGCUCAUGAAACAUGGGACCAACACUUUACAUGUUGCGUUCAUAUUUACAGUUGAAGUCGGAAGUUCACAUACACUUAGGUUGGAGUCAUUAAAACUCGUUUUUCAACCACUCCACAAAUUUCUUGUUAGCAAACUGUAGUUUUGGCAAGUCGGUUAGGGCAUCUACUUUGUGCAUGACACAAGUAAUUUUUCCAACAAUUGUUUACAGACAGAUUAUUUCACUUAUAAUUCACUGUAUCACAAUUCCAGGGGGUCAGAAGUUUACAUACACUAAGUUGACUGUGACUUUAAACAGCUUGGAAAAUUCCAGAAAAUUAUGUGAUGGCUUUAGAAGCUUCUGAUAGGCUAAUUGACAUCAUUUGAGUCAAUUUGAGGUGUACCUGUGGAUGUAUUUCAAGGCCUACCUUCAAACUCAGUGCCUCUUUGCUUGACAUCAUGGGAAAAUCAAAAGAAAUCAACCAACACCUCAGAAAAAAAAUUGUAGACCUCCACAAGUCUGGUUCAUCCUUGGGAGCAAUUUCCAAAUGCCUGAAGGUACCACGUUCAUCUGUACAAACAAUAGUACGCAACUAUAAACACCAUGGGACCACGCAGCCGUCAUACCGCUCAGGAAGAAGACGCGUUCUGUCUCCUAGAGAUGAACGUACUUUGGUGCGAAAAGUGCAAAUCAAUCCCAGAACAACAGCAAAGGACCUUGUGAAGAUGCUGGAGGCAACAGGUACAAAAGUAUCUAUAUCCACAGUAAAACGAGUCCUAUAUCGACAUAACCUGAAAGGCCGCUCAGCAAGGAAGAAGCCACUGCUCCAAAACCGCCAUAAAAAAGCCAGACUAAGGUUUGCAACUGCACAUGGGUACAAAGAUCGUACUUUUUGGAGAAAUGUCCUCUGAUCUGAUGAAACAAAAAUAGAACUGUUUGGCCAUAAUGACCAUCGUUAUGUUUGGAGGAAAAAGGGGGUCGCUUGCAAGCCGAAGAAAACCAUCCCAACCGUGAAGAACAGGGGUGGAAGCAUCAUGCUGUGGGGGUGCUUUGCUGCAGGAGGGACUGGUGCACUUCACAAAAUAGAUGGCAUCAUGAGGAAGGAAAAUUAUGUGGAUAUAUUGAAGCAACAUCUCAAGACAUCAGUCAGGAAGUUAAAGCUUGGUCGCAAAUGACCCCAAGCAUACUUCCAAAGUUGUGGCAAAAGUCAAGGUAUUGGAGUGGCCAUCACAAAGCCCUGACCUCACUCCUAUAGAACAUUUGUGGGCAGAACUGAAAAAGCUUGUGCGUGCAAGGAGGCCUACAAACCUGACUCAGUUACACCAGCUCUGUCAGGAGAAAUGGGCCAAAAUUCACCCAACUUAUUGUGGGAAGCUUGUGGAAGGCUACCCAAAAUGUUUGACCCAAGUUAAACAAUUUAAAGGCAAUGCUACCAAAUACUAAUUGAGUGUAUGUAAACUUCUGACCCACUGGGAAUGUGAUGAAAGAAAGAAAAGCUGAAAUAAAUAAUUCUCUCUACUAUUAUUCUGACAUUUCACAUUCUUAAAAUAAAGUGGUGAUCGUAACUGACCUAAAACAGGGAAUUUUUACUAGGAUUAAAUGUCAGGAAUUGUGAAAAACUGAGUUUAAAUGUAUUUGGCUAAGGUGUAUGUAAACUUCCGACUUCAACUGUAUGUUCAGUGUACAUAGAAUGUGUUGGAUAUUCUUUCUCCUGAUUGGGUUGUAAAAUGUUUCUCCUCUUUCCUCUCCUCUCUGAAGAUCCAGUCAUAGUAAAGUGGCAUCAUCCACAUAUGUCUCUUCAUUCCAGCUCUGCCGGUGAUGUAAGUUUAAGGAACGGGUGUAAUCACGUCAUAUGGUUGCCCUUCCUUUAUUGAAACGUACGCUGAAGGUAAGAAACAUUUAUAUGCAUUCAAAUGUCCUUUUCACCUUGUGUAAGAACAUGGUAAUAACAGUUUAAGUAAUUAAUAACCAUCUAUUGCCGGUAAAACAAAAGCGCACAUGUACAAUCAAAUGUUAGGUCUCUGCUAUGAUAUAACUGGACAGGUGAAAGCAAAUCCACCGCAUUCUCCAUGUUAAUUCUCACCAUUCCAUUAGAGCACAUGAAGGGGAGGAAGCCUCUUUAGACUAUGGAGAUGCAUCCUAAGAGCGAGCCCUAACCUCUGUGUUGUAGUACACAGACCUGUGUGGAUCACGAGUGCUCCUCAGCGUUGCCACUGAAGGACCGGCUGCGGAUGUGGUUCCUCAGCUGUUCGAUCAGCUCUGGGUUCUGCUGCUGGAUCUGCUGGGCAAACUGCUGACCGCUGCAAACGGAGAGAGACCAGGG